UGAGGCGGGGCAACAUAUCGUCGACAGCAGUUUUUUUUUCCCCUGAGUGUGCUCUGUCUCAAACAGUCUCACCAACAUGCCUCAAGCAUGACAAUAAACUGGUUUAGCUGGGUGACGGGGGAACAGCAAUGUAAGACACAACUUUCGAUAAGUCCCACCUGGACCAGAGGCACGACGCAAGCGUGGAGAAAAACAUGGUGAAGAGGACCAGAUGACUGGCUUCAAGUUGGACCGAAGACAGGCUUGAAGAGUAAAUAUCAGUGGGGUCUACCUAGACGACAGUAUGGCACGUCGCUCUCAGUGUUCCUCUGCAGGGGACAACCCCCUGGACCCCAACUACCUCCCUCCUCACUAUCGAGAAGAGUACCGCAUAGCUAUUGACGCACUGGUCGAGGAGGAUUUGGAAGGAUACUACAAGUUCCUCCAAAGAGCUGAUGUGGUGGAUUUCCUGUCCACACCUGAGAUUCAGUAUAUUCAGAGCUCUGUUCAGGUCCCUCAGCAGGGCCACCACCCUGAACAACACUUCCUGGAGACCGGGGGAGACGGCUCCUCAGACACUUACUGGCCGAUUCACUCUGACCUGGAUGUCCCAGGUUUGGACCUUGGCUGGCCUCAGCUGCAUCACUUCAUUGGGCCCACAGAGGUAACCACUCUGGUCAACCCCCCUGAGCCUGACAUGCCGAGUAUCAAAGAGCAGGCCCGACGACUUAUCAAGAAUGCUCAGCAGGUUGUUGCUGUGGUGAUGGACAUGUUUACAGAUGUUGACAUAUUUGCGGAGCUUCUUAAUGCUGCCAUGAGGAGUGUUGCCGUCUACAUCCUUUUAGACGAGCAGAAUGCAGAUCAUUUCGUCAACAUGGUGUCCAACUGCAGGGUCAAUCUACAGAGCAUUCAAUUUUUACGUGUGAGAACGGUGUCUGGCAUCACAUAUCACUGCCGCUCAGGGAAAUCCUUCAAAGGUCAGAUGAUGGAUCGCUUCUUGCUGACAGACUGCAGGGCUGUGCUGAGUGGAAACUACAGCUUCAUGUGGUCGUUUGAGAAGCUCCACCGCUGCAUGGCACACCUUUUCCUGGGACAGCUUGUAUCGACCUUUGAUGAAGAGUUUCGGAUUCUGUUUGCUCAGUCCCAACCGUUGUUGAUUGAAAAUGCGCUCGCUCCAUUGGAAGAUUUUGGCCUUUCACAGAAGACGCAGUACCCGAGUGACAGAACUUCACUGUUCAGAGACACCAGGAAAUUUCUAUCACUGGAUACUGGUCAUCCAGAGGAUCGGGCGAGACAUCCCUAUGAUGAACGUAUGGAUGUGGAUUGGAGAAUGAUGCCUCUUAAAAGACAGGGAUCCCUGCACGGCCCUUCAGAUAUGUACAGUAGAUUUCCCUCCCAGCAAGCUCGCAUGGAUCCGUCUUUUGAUCAGCUCCCCUCCAGGAUAUCCAUCAUGGAAAAUCCUGCUUUCAAACGUCACAGUUAUGCUGAAGGUGGUCAUGGUAGACUCUCUUAUCCGUUUCUGCAGCAGCAGGCAAUGCCUGAGCCUGAGAACCAGGGAAGGCACUUUCUUAGGGGACAGCUGCCCUAUCCAUACCCCGGACCAGGACCAGAAGCAGAUUAUGGUGGCUAUGACAAGAUCUGGAGCCAAGACUGUCAUUCAGCAGAUCAAUACUCUGAACAUGGUUUACCACAAGAGAUGCAGCCAUCUGAUAACUUUAACCCUGUGCUUAACUAUUUAUCAUCUACCAGAAAUGUGGACUUUGACCAGAGCUCAGAGAAAUUACUGUCUGCAGAUUUACCAUUUAGUUCAUCUCACCCGAGAAGACUGAGUUUAGGACAGCCAUAUGCCUGCCAAACCUCUCCCACGCCCUCAGCUCCAACUGAUCAGAAGCACUUUUUCCAGGAUCCUAGCACUGACCGCAAGGAUCCUACGGUGAAACGAGGGCUAAGAAACUGGAGGAUUAGCUCAUACCUCAGUGCAUAUGAUAAUCCAGGAGAUGAAGGCCUCCCACUGGCACCUCCUCAGGCACAAGAUCAUUUUGAAGAGCCCUUACACCCCACACAGCAAACAGCACCAGGAAUAGAUUUAUCAGUUCCUAAAAUCCCUAAUGUCAGAGAGUUUAAGAUUCCUGCAGUACCCAGGGCAAGUCAGAUGCCAGGUUAUACCAAAACCACUGUACAGGACCAGCCAAAGAAGCUGCUUGAUGAACCUGCUGCAGUGGCAGCAGAAACCAAAACUACACCGACACCUUCAGAAUCAUCAUCCACAACUGAAGGAGAAAAGGUAGAGGAAGUAGAACAAAAAGAACCAAAAACCACUGUUCUUCGAAGGGAGGAGUCGUUUCGUAGGAAGUACAAUGCUGCAGUUCCAAGGAGCUCCAGAUUAAGAUCCUCUCUGAUAUUCAGCUCUCUUGAUCAGCAGAAUGCUUCUCAAGAUGCCAAAACUGCCCCAGGCCAACAGGAUGAGGAAAGUGACAAAAAUGAGGCAGAACCGGCAAAACUACCUUUUGUUGCACAGGUUUUAGCACAGAGGCGAUCUGCUGCAAGAGAACCCUUUGAAUGGAGUCGUUACAUAAAGUCAGCAACAGAAACGUCCAGAUCGGAUGAUGGAAGCAGUAAAGCAGAUGAUAAAGAUCCAUCAAAGGAAGAAAAUUCAAAAGAUCUUUCAGAAAACCUCGGGGUAGAGGGGUCAUCAAAACCACCAGGUGUAGAGCAAACAAAUUCUUCACCAUCACUCCCCCGAUCCAAGCCUUCUGAAGCUGAGCUGCCCAAAACUGAUAGUACAAUACAAGCACCCAAACCUCUGCUCAACACUCCAUCGUAUGUAGAUAUGAACGACCCUGAUAAGAGGCUCAUGUUUUUCAAAGAGUUGGCAGCAAAACGCAAAGCUGCUAAGGCUGCAGAGACCGAAAAGAGCAAAGACAAGGCUCCAAUGAAACCACCAACUGAUCUAAAGAACAGCGCCGCUGUUAAAAAGGAGGAACCUGAUCCAAAAGAAGUGUCAGAAAAGAUGGCUGAUACUUCACCAUCUGAGGGUUUAGCCAAAAAAUUUUUUACUGCAGAUGUUGCAGGGAAAACAGUAGCCACAGAAGCAUCUGAGUCAGCCAGUCUGUCUUUAGAGGCCAGUGAUAAGACUAACAAACAGGACAGCCUUGCCAAAAAUGAUCCCAGUACCUCUCAAAGCUGUAAAGAGGAACAAACCCGACUUUCAAAUGAUUCAGAGAAGAAAGAGCUGAAAACCAGCCAGUCAGAAACAUCUCUGCCCGUUUCCUCUGAAACUAAAUCUCAGACAGUUGAACCUCCUGGAGACCUAAAUCUGUCAAAACCUGCUGUAAAAGAGAGUAGCCCAAGUCAUCCACCUACACCAACAAAUGCUCCCCCUGAUAAUGUUCCUUCUCCUGCACAAGGUACUGAUGAAAGUGAAAGCCCAAACCAUGAUUCUACCUCAAAGGAGUCCAGUUCAGUUACUCCCAUUUCAGUGGAGGUACCACUGUCUUCACAUGGUGCAUUGGAUUCUAACACCCAAAAUCCUGAAUCAGCUCCGUUAGAAACCAGAAUCUCGGAACCUGCUGCACCAUCUGAACAACAGACUGGAUCAGACUUGAGCUCUUCUAACGCAUCGGUUCAAAGCUCUUCCCCUGAUCAGAUUCUGUCAGAUUCUGGUUCACAGAUCAGCCCAAGUCCUCUAACGUCUAGCUCUGCUCCUCUUUCCACUCCUGGAGAGACAUUAUCUUCUAACGUUACCCCAGAAGACUCCAGCCUAUUCCCCUCUUCCAGCAUAGUGUCUCCAGAUUCUGAUAAACCAGAAGCGCAGGAUUCUGUCAGCCCCUCAUCACCUGAGUCCUCCCAAGCAAUUGAUGAAAUCUCUACAGAAUCAGAGUCUGCCCAAGCUCAUCUAGAUCAGUUAGCAUCAUCUGAGACCGCUUCGACAGCGGACUCUGCACAUGUGGAAUCUAAUCUUUCUCAUGACGUGUGUGGUGCUAGUGCAGAAUCAAACGAAUCCUCAUUACAGUCCACCACAAAGACAAACUCUGAAGAAUCUUGUGCUCCCACACCUUCAGAAAAAGAUGUAUCUGAGUCAGAAAAUAACUCUCUCCCAGAGGCCAUUGCAAAGGAAUCUGAGGUUCUUGGAUCAUCAAAGGAUGUUAAAGCUGAUAGCACACCUCCUUGUCUGAGCCCUUCCUCACCCAAGUCAAGUUUACCUGAUGUAUCUUAUCUGGAAAAUUCUGCCUCCAGACCUGAUCAAACUGAGACUGUUAAUCUCCACGCCCCGCCUGAGCAUACCCCAUCAGAAACAUGCUCUCCUUUAAGCACAGACGUUACUCCAAAUUCUCCCCAGUCCGCUACAACUGCCUCACCACAAGAUACACUAACACAAGCUACCCCACCCUCUGAGCUUAACCUGACAGGAUCCGUCACUCUUACUCCUGUUGAAACAGUAUCGUGUUUUUCUCCUCUGACUGAGUCUGUUGGAUCAGUUUUGUCCCUUGAGGCUGAAAAAACAGAAACCAACAUGUCGACAUUAUGCAUCCCCUCAGAUGCACCCUCUCCUCCAGAGGAGAUUACAACAGACUCAGACAAAAAUCCAGUGCUGCCAUCGACGGAAGCUUCAAGCCCAACUGAGCCUACCUCAAAAAUCCCAACAGAGCCUGAUGUGCCAUGCAAAACACCCGAAUCUGUGACUUCUGAAAGCCAACCUUCAGAGCCACCGGUACUUCCUAAAAAUAGUAACAUAGACCAUCAGACUGAAGCAAACAAAGAGCCUGAAAUCCCCAACCCUGCCGAGAAAAAGCCUGAGGAUACUGAGGCCACAAAUAAGGUAAAUAAAAGUACUACGCAGGAAUCUGUCAGUAGUGAGAAAACAAAUGACCUAGUAAGGCAAAAUAGCUGCUCCGAAUCAGCUGAGAUCACAUCAGAUGAAGCCGUUCCUCUAUCACCACAGUCCAAGCAGCCAAAAUCAAGCCAGUCUCGCUACCACUCUUCAACAGCCAACGUGCUCUCAAGCAGCAACCUCAGAGACGAUACAAAGCUGCUUCUCGAGCAGAUUUCUGCCCACAGCCAGAGCAGGAACGAGGCUACCAAAGAGUCUCCCGUCACUGAUGACGAGAAAGAAGAUAAACAAGACAAAAAUGCCAAAAGGGAGAAAGAAAGAGGGAUGAGGUCACUGGGCAGAGUGCAGCCUAAGUCUACGCAGGAGAAGGAGAAGCUGUUGGAGAGGAUCCAGAGCAUGAGGAAGGAGAAGAAAGUUUACAGUCGAUUUGAGAUGGCACCUUAACCGGUAUUCAAAGAAUGUGAGAGAAUAAACAGUGCGUACAGUAAGUGUAGAAAGAAGGUGAACUAAAGUAAAAAGUUUGAGUGAUGUGAAAGGAGCACGAACCUGUUACCCAACCACAUGUGCCAUGUUCAGCAAAGGGCUUCUUCUUGGUGUGUGAAUCACCAAGUGGCAUACCGGUGUGAAACGCACAUGGACUGAGAUUAUGUGUGUAUCAAAUAUGUUUUUACUGACUGCAUGGGUAAAGUGCAAUGUGUGCAACAUAUUUUUUUUUUCCCACAAUGAUGCCUGUCCUUGCCUUUUUUCUGAAAAGCACAGACAGUCAUUACAUUAAUGUCAGCUGGGUUUUUUUUUAGACAAAAUGUGAUGUGAAAGUGAGAUAGACAAUUUAAAGUAGUCUGAGUUUGUUACCUGUAAUAUACUGUAGUUUGUAUUAUAGUAUUUCACAGUCAUGUUAAAUAAAAGAUGUUGAUUAUUACAUGUACACGCAUUUGUGAAACAGGUGAUGUAAAUUCAUAUCCAUGAAAGCCUGUUCUGAUGUAAAUAAGUUGCAACAAACCUGCGAUUGAAACAGAACACCAGCUAAAACAUACCUACAAUAUUACUGGGUAAAUCAUUGCACACCGUACAGUAUGUAAUGUCUGUUAUAAUAGGAGUCACUGAUGUUUAAUAUCUUAAAGGGUCAGUUCAGUUCCAAAUGAUCCAAAUCAUCCAAAGUAUUUUUACACAGUAAAAUAAAUUAUUUUUAUUUAGAUGAUUUGUGAAGCAAACGCAUAAGUUAAAAAUAUGUUGCUUUUAAAGUGUUUAAAUCUAAUUUUUGUCUAUCUAAAGCCAAAGAAAUCUGAAAUUAUGGGGCUUGUGUGCUGCAACCAACCUUUGCAACCAAAAAUUGCCUGACCUUGUAAUUUUUAACUGAAAACUUGUCAUACCUGUAUAGUGGAACAAGAAAUUCUGAAACAUAUCAAUAUGUAGAGUUGUUCUCACGAAGUUACACUUUUUAUAAAGGAUUUAUGAAACCUGUCCUCAGCAAUAUUUGCCCUUUGUAAAUAAAAGUUCUCAAAAGUG